AUGAGUACCACUGCUACGGAGGCGUCUCUUCUGGAGAUUGUUCCUCCAAGUGCGUGUCCGGAUAAGCCGAAGAAAAAAUUUCAAGUUGUACCGGUGCCAGGAGAGUUCACGCGUGGAAGAUGGAAAGUGAUUGAUACGAGAUUCGGAUCAGCUAUGGGAGAAUUCGGAAACUAUCCUCCGGAUGACGAGUACGGAAUGAUCGUCACCACAAAAAACAACGUGAUCACCGUCCGUCAGAGGUUCCCACGUCCACCCACGGUUGCUGCUCCAGAAGCUGCGACAGGAGGAGCUGACAGCAUCAAGGUGCUCCAUAAAAGUCAACCACGCCUCGAUCAAGUUCCAGUCACCAAUCAAAUCAAGAUUCUCAUCAUGGAUCCAGAAACGGCAGCGGUUACUGCUGAAACGCUUGUCAGCGCUCCAGUGGGCAGUGACAUGAUCGCACCAGUUGAGGAUAUGACUACUUCACAGAAUUCAGCUGCUGCAAUGGUAGGAGCUGAUGGUUCAAAAGUUGAAGACUCUGCCAAAUUGGCAACAGCAACCAGCAACACUGUCGUCGCAAUUGAUAACAAGAUUGUCCAAGCCAUGGAUCUUGUCAAGACCCAUCUCACAUUCGCUGUCAGAGAAGAAGUAGAAACUUUGAGAACCACUAUCACCGAUUUGGAAGCUAGACUCAACGCACUCCGUGAGGAAAACCGUCUGCUGCGUGAGAACGUUGCUCCAGAUGUGUUGGCUUUCAUCACGGCAAACAAGCAAAUUGUUGAAUAA